AGCCCGCUCGGUGCGCCAUGGAGCUCGGGGGCCCCGGGGCGCCGGCGCCGCCGCUGCCGCCGCUGCUGCUGCUGCUGCUGCUGGGGGCCGGCUUCCUGCCCGCGAGCAGCCACGUGGAGACCCGGGCCCAUGCGGAGGAGCGGCUGCUGAAGAAGCUCUUCUCUGGGUACAACAAGUGGUCCCGGCCCGUGGCCAACAUCUCGGAUGUGGUUCUCGUCCACUUCGGGCUGUCCAUCGCGCAGCUCAUUGAUGUGGAUGAGAAGAACCAGAUGAUGACGACCAACGUGUGGGUGAAGCAGGUGAGUGAGUUGGGGUCCCUCCUCUCCUAG